AUGGCGAUUUGUCAAAUCUGCGACGGUCAAAACGGAUCGAAUACUGAAAAUAAAACGAAAGGGAAAAAACAGACGGUUUCCAGGCUCGGAUUUUUGAAGAAAACGGAAAGUUGCAGUUUCGGACGCAGUUCCACGAGCCAGGAGGCGACCGCGACUUUCGCGUCGUCUUCAGAUCGGGCGAAGACGUCGUCGAGUUUUUCGUCGAUCCCCAGUUCAUGUCAAGACUCUCCAGCUUCUUCCGCGAUCAAAUAAACUCGGCAAGUUCUUUUUCGCACUUCUUUUCAUUUAGCUAUUCAGAACUCACCCACAGAGGUAGAAGACGUGCGCCCAUCGGACUUUCACACGUUUCUCGAAGCCGUCUGCCCUACCUUGUAUGGUAUUCGACCGGUUCCGAUCACAGGUUUUUCUAUCUAAUCAUAAACAAAUACACCUGUUUCAGUGUCGACGGUGACGUCGCUCAUUGAUAUGUCCAAUAGGUUCAAGUGCGACUCCCUCUUGGUAUGUACUUCUGUCCUAGUUUCCUUACAUCAGCAUGCAGACGGCGUGUGAGCGCUUCCUCAUAGGCUUGGACAACUCCUCGCUGACAGGCUCUCUUCUUCUGAGUCUCAUCAACGUCUCCAUGAAGUCUUGCAUCGACCACCAGGUUCUAGCAGACAACCCUAUCCCUGCAUUGUUCGCCUACAGGUCCUCUGUCGCAUUUUAUGCCUCUGCAUCACGGAGACGCCGCGUCUGGCCAAUUCAUCGCACGAGGUCAACGGACCGUUGGGUUCUUUUCUGGCGCAGGCCUUGAUAGCGUAAGAGAUAGAUUGACGGAGAUCACUACUAGGGGAGUUGUAGGAACUCCUCCAAGCAGUUCCGACACGUGCGGCCAGUCAAGCGCGAGAGUCCGAAUCCUGUCAUCCAGAAGCUCUUUUCAGACAACAGUCCAAAGCGGAAAGGUGCCUGUGACCAUUCCCGAAAAUCGUACGUUGGUUUAUUUUUCUAGAAAAAUUGCUUUAACUUCAUUUAAGCUAGAAAUUUUUAACUGGAGUUUUUAAAUCAUUUCUAAUUCGAAACUUUUUUUUCGCUUCAUCAGUUCACCCCAGCCAAGUAAAUGAGAACUGAAAAUAGAAAAAUUACAUUUCCAAAAAGCAAGAAGAAACUCAAAUUCAGAUUCAAAUGCAUUCUCUGCUUCCAGUCCGUCUGCAAAUCAUGCAAAGGUCAAGCCGCAUUUUGUUUUAAGGUAUGGCUACUUUCCUUAUUUUCUCGCAUUCUAUCAAAAGAAACUUCUGAUUUUCAGGCUCUAGACAACUUUGUCUACGAAGCACGAGAUCAACUCUGGCCAGACACCUAUCAACGUCAUCUGGACCGGGAUCUUCUUCGAGAAGACGCUAUCGACGCCUACAUUCUACGCAACCAGAUUUUGCCGUCGCAGCCAUAA